GAGCUGCACUCACUCGCCCCUCGCCCACUGCCUUACCGGGACCUGCCUGAGGAAUAACCAUGGACAAAAGUGAGCUGGUGCAGAAGGCUAAACUAGCCGAGCAGACAGAGCGUUAUGAUGAUAUGGCUGCUGCCAUGAAGGCUGUUACUGAACAGGGACAUGAGCUGUCCAAUGAAGAAAGGAAUCUACUGUCUGUUGCCUACAAGAAUGUGGUUGGUGCUCGUCGGUCUUCCUGGCGUGUCAUUUCCAGCAUUGAACAGAAGACAGAACAAAAUGAGAAGAAACAACAGAUAGGAAGAGAGUAUCGUGAGAAAAUUGAGACUGAACUGCAGGACAUUUGCAAUGAUGUUUUGGAACUGCUGGAUAAGUAUCUUAUUGCUAAUGCUACACAACCAGAAAGCAAGGUCUUCUAUUUGAAAAUGAAAGGAGAUUACUAUAGAUACCUUUCAGAGGUGGCAUCUGGUGACAACAAGCAAACAACAGUAGCAAAUUCCCAGCAAGCAUAUCAAGAGGCAUUUGAAAUCAGCAAGAAAGAGAUCCAACCAACUCAUCCUAUUCGACUUGGUUUGGCACUCAAUUUUUCUGUGUUCUACUAUGAGAUUCUAAACUCACCAGAGAAGGCCUGCAGUCUGGCAAAAGCAGCAUUUGAUGAAGCAAUAGCUGAACUGGACACAUUGAAUGAAGAAUCGUACAAAGAUAGCACUCCGAUUAUGCAGCUACAUAGAGAUAACUUUCCUCUAUGGACAUAAAAAAAAUUAAAAAUA